AUGCCCUCCGACGACCUCACAAAAUGGAUAACCUCCGAAAUCGACUUUUAUGCCCUUCUGGGCCUCACCCCCGAAUCCUUCACAGCGGACGAAUUGCGACGGGCCUACCGUAAAACAGCCCUUCAAUACCAUCCGGACAAACUAGGUGCAGCCUUCGACGCCGACAAAUACGAGCAAUUCCAAGCCGCAAAUGACGUACUCGCCGACCCUGAAUCCAAGCAAAAAUAUGAUAAUUUUCGCAAUGGGCGGAUGCAAAGGCAAAGGGCCGCGGCAUUAUUUGAAGGGAAGAGAAGAGCUAUGAAAGAGGAUUUGGAGGCGAGAGAACGAGGAGGAAGUUUAGGAAAGAGGAGUAGAGAGGAUGAGGAGAUGGAUGAAAAUAUUAAGAAGCUGGCGGAGGAGGGGAGGAAGAGGAGAGUCAAGAGGGAGAGUAUGAUGUCGGAGAAUGCUAGCUCACCUAUGUCAGCGCCGCGGCCGCCACCUCAGACGCAACCGCAACCGCAAUCGCAAGCUCGUCCACAGCCCUCAACAUCUGCCACGUUAAAUUCAGAAGACGAAAAGGUAGCGCGUCUUGAACGUCUAAUUGCUGAAGCUACAGCAGCAAAAGCAAAACGAAAAGCGGAUAAAAAGGCUAGGAAAGCAGGCAAAUCGUCCGAAUGUCCUGCCCCAGAUACUACUUUCAAAGCAGAUUCGAACUCAGCAUUUAACGGGGUGCAUACUGUACCUUGUGCUACGCCCUAA